ACCGAGGGUUGGGUUUGGCGGCGGGAUGACUAAUCAACUCGAUCGUCUUUCACCUCUUGAUCACGCGACAUAUCUAUAAAUUCAUUCAUAUAGCUUUUUGAUUCCACAAUCUCAUCCAUACAAUCAAACCAACCCCAUCUAAUUUCGUGAAUUAGGAUCCAAACAACAUCGAAUUUGGGGGAAUUUAACGAUGGAUUCAACAAGCCUAAUUUCUUCUAUGUCAAGUCUACCUCUCUUCUUCGCAAUGUAUUUUACAAUAUACUUGACUGCCCACUUCAUCGUCUUCCGUAGUUGGAGCCCGAAGCUCCGCCCUGAAGCCGCCAGCUGCUUAAUCUCACUUGCCCAUGGCACCCCGGCCGUGAUCCUUGCUUGUCUCGCCAUCCUCGCUGAUUCCACAACUGGGUUCGCCACGAUCAACACUCAUUUUCAGAAUACCGUUCUUGAAUACAGCAUUGCUUACUUCUUAAUGGAUCUUUGCCACUAUUUAACCUUCUACCCAACCGAUAUCCUCUUCAUCGGUCAUCAUUUAGCUACCCUUUUCGUUUUCGUUACCUGUCGAUAUCUAGUUCUUCACGGAGCAUACGCGGUGUUGAUUUUACUUGCUCUGGCGGAGAUCACGAGCUUCUUUCAGAACGUUUGGACGCUGGCAAGUGCACGAAGGGAGGAUUCUGAAACUGCACGCCAGGUGUUUGAUCUUUUGUCUCCUCCAUUUUAUGUGCUAUAUUCUGCUGUUAGAGGUUUUGCUGGACCUUUAUUUGUUUACAAAAUGGUUGUUUUCUAUUCGAGUGGGGUUGCUGAUAAUGUUAUUCCCAAAUGGCUUUGGGUUUCUUGGAUUUGUGUUGUUGUCAUGGCUAUUUCUGUUAGUGUACUUUGGAUUUCUAACCUUUGGAUCGAGUUGUAUAGAGAAAGAAUGUUUAAGCUUGAGAAGGAGAAGAAAAGUACAUAGAAAACGGAAUAAAUUAAGUCUGACUUGGGAUAUAUAUUGUAAUGUUCAUGGGUUAUAUAUUAAAGAGAAUCAUAAAUCAAUUGUUAUUCA